AUGAAUUGUUUCCAAGUUGUAGCGAUCAAGGAUCACAAGGCGAUACAUCAGUCACAGUUGUCAUUUCGUAGAGGUGAUACUAUUGUAGUAUACGAGACUGCUGCCACUGGAUGGUGGCGUGGCGAACUAUUGGACAAGCGUGGACUAUUCCCACAUACCUAUGUCACCUAUGACAAGGAGACCCUGGGUGCAGACCCACUUGGCACCAGCCAGAGGCAGCAACCCUUUCCACAACCACAGUCACAGUCACAAUCUCAGCAGCCGACUCAACAUUUGCAGAUAAAAAAGAGUGCCAGUCCAGUUGGACAGGUGUCGCCUACAUUGAAGGAGUUGGAGGAUGACUUUGCAGAGAUAGAUCGUAUAAUAUUGGCUCAUUCGCCAGUUCAUUCAGUGUCGCCACAGAUACCAAUACCAACAACUACAACACAACAUCUACAACAACAAAAGAAAUCAACUACACCUCCUCAAAGGAAUAUUUAUAACACAAUAUCAUCGGCAUCGAUAUCCUUGUCGACAUCGCCACACUCACAUUCAGCCUCCACCUCGCCACCAACAAGAUUCAAUCAUAAUGGAGUUGGUGGUGGUGGACAUGGCAACAGCUCCCCUACUCCACCAAUGAUCGCAGUCCAGCCAUCAGACUUACAACGAGCAUUGAAUAAGACAUCGACUACGCCACGUAGCACGACCAGUCCAUCAGGAGAACAGAUGGAGCAACACAAUCAUCUUCGUCGCGAGUUGUCUGGUCCAUCAAUGUCAGUGAGUGAUGAAGCGGAAAAGGAGAAGACUACAAGGAAUGGUGGCGCACGUCCACUUCAUGGAUCGGGACAGGCACAAUCCAAAAGAGAUGAAGAGGAUGACCACCAAGAGUCGACAAAGUAUAUGACGUUGCCAAACUCAUCAGAGUAUACCAAGGCGCGCAAGCCUUUAUCAUCGAUGUUUGCUCAACCAACUGCAGGCACACGUAUCACACUCGCUCAAUGCAACUUGGAUGUGCCAUACUACCUCACCAGGGCCACGCUGUCCUAUGUCAAGCAAGCAAUGGACGAGCUGACGAUCAAGACCGACGACCUGAUCCUCGUGUACAACUCAAAGGACAUCGAUGGCGACUGGUGGGUCGGCAAGCUCAAGAGCAGCUUUGGCAUCUUCCCCAAGAACUGCGUAGAGAUCAUCAAAGAUAUAUCACCGCCAACCGCCAGCACUACAUCUCCUCGAAAAGCGUCGGCAUCAAACAGCAACACGCCACUGGCAAUGUCACCAUCACUCAAACAAAGUGGCAACUCUGUUGUUUCAAACAACAGCUAUAACAGCGUCAACAGCAACAACAUGUUCUUACGACCCACCGCCUCAUCAGCAUCUUCCAAUGGAUCACAUCCAGUCCUUUCACCACUGUCCUCUCCCCAGACCAGUACACCUUCAUUGACUUCAUCUCACUCACCACCUCAACAUAACACAUCGCCUCCAGUUACAUCAUCCAAGCCGCCAGCCUCGGCACCGCUACCAGUGGUGAUUGCCCCAUCACCGCCACAGCCACAGCCACAGCCCCAGUCUCAGACACAGAUACAAAUACCAAACAAGCCAAGCAUGACAGAUGAGGAAGCAGCUAUCGCUCAAAAGAUCAAGAGUACAUUCUCAUUGUUUGGCAAUAAGGAUCAGAUGCUGGAAGCGAUACAAGGACUGGCAAUCAAGUUUGUCAAGCAGACCAACACACUCAAACAAGAACUGGACAAUGAGCGAUCUCUUCGUUUGACCUCCGAACAAGAGAUUGCCAAACUGCGAGCACAGCUGGCACUGCUCCAACAACACCAAAGAUGA